AUUGUGCUUUUAUGUCUGAUGAUGUAAGUGUCUCUGUGCUUGUCGUUUCCAUGCAUGUAAGUUUCUUCUUUUAUGCAUUUUCAUUUGUAUGUCUUGGUUGAAUAAAACAAUUCUUUGUCAGAUGCGUUCUGCUGUUAGGAAUGUGGCAAAGUAUUUUUCGACAGCAAUUAUCAGUGGAAGAAGCCGUGAUAAGGUUUUUGAGUUGGUAGGACUAACAGAACUUUAUUAUGCUGGUAGUCAUGGAAUGGACAUUAUUUUCCCUGACAGAGACAAAUUGUCCACUCACCAUUCAACUUGUGUUAAAUCUGCUGACCAGCAGGGCAUGGAGGUAAACCUUUUCCAGCCUGCUAGUGAAUUUUUACCUAUGAUUGACGAGGUUUUUAGAACCCUUGUCGAGAAUACUAAAGAUAUCAAAGGUGCAAAAGUUGAGAACCAUAAAUUUUGUGCCUCUGUACAUUACCGUAAUGUAGAUGACAAAAGUUGGCCUACAGUUGCACAGUGUGUUCAUGACAUCUUGAAAGAUUACCCUCGAUUACGACUAACUCAUGGGCGGAAGGUUUUAGAGGUCCGUCCUGUAAUUGAAUGGGAUAAAGGUAAAGCAGUUGAAUUUCUGCUUGAAUCACUGGGACUAAGUAAUAGUGCCGAUGUGCUUGCAAUCUAUAUUGGUGAUGACAGGACAGAUGAAGAUGCAUUCAAGGUAUUGAGGGAAGGGAAUCGAGGGUAUGGGAUCCUAGUAUCAUCUGCCCCGAAAGAAAGCAAUGCAUUCUUCUCUCUCAGGGACCCCUCAGAGGUUAAAGAAUUCCUGAAGUCCCUUGUGAGUUGGAAGGAGCAGAAUGCGUUAUAAAUACAUAGAUGAAGAAGAGGAGCACAAAGUGAUCACGAGAUAGUCCACAUAAUAUUUGCUUUAGGUAUCAAUAAUUGGUAAUAAAGGCAGGCAGAUCAGGUAGGAGAUGCCACAUUCAUAUACAGUUGAAGACUCCAAUUCUUCGAAGUUUUAAUUAUUCAUUUUUUGAAGAGUUUUCUUCUUUACCUGUAAAGCCUGCUAUUUUUUUUCGUGGACGAGGGAUCAUUUAAUGUUCCUCUCUCCUGGUGGAUUCUGUUAUGAAUAUUCAUGUUAUUUAACAUAAAAUGUCUAUUAUGCAAAGGUUGUAAGUUCCACAAUCUCAAUGUUUCUUCUUGUGGCUCCAUGUUGUAUGAAUCAGUUUCAUUUGUAGUUGUAGAUAUAGCAUAGAGAAAGGAAAUUUAGCCAAGUUUCAUCGGUUUCUUCAAGGCUUGGUACCUU